CCCUUCCCUCCUCCUAAGGUCCCAACUCUCUCCCUACAAAAUGAUCUUUUUCCUCUCCUACCUCUCUCCACCACCACCGCCAUAUAUCAACCGAUCUGAAAUAGUAUCGAAUACUAUCAACUGAUAUAUCAGUGAACAACAAUACAUACGAUACUUGAGUCACUAGCAGUCUUUUUUUUCUACCUUUAUUAUCAACAUGUCAUCUUUUUCAAUUAGGCUUAUGUCCCCUUCAUUGCCAAAUUCAAACCGAUUCAAAACAAAACUAUCCGCUGCUCCACCACCUAACACGGUAGUUGUGAAGCCAACUCCGGUGGCAGGGGAGGGGGAGGUGGAUGCGGGGAGGCUGGAGCCGAGAGUGGAGGAGAGAGAAGGGUAUUGGGUACUAAAAGAGAAGUUCAGAGGAGGUAUAAAUCCUCAAGAAAAGGUUAAGAUUGAGAAAGAGCCCAUGAAGUUGUUCAUGGAAGAUGGUAUUGAAGAACUUGCUAAGAUUUCACUUGAAGAGAUUGAGAAAUCAAAGAUCACAAAGGACGAUAUUGAUGUUAGGCUCAAAUGGCUUGGCUUGUUCCAUAGGAGGAAGCAUCAGUAUGGUAGAUUCAUGAUGAGACUGAAGCUUCCAAAUGGCGUAACAACAAGUGCACAGACUCGAUUCCUAGCCAGUGUUAUACGACAGUACGGAAAGGAAGGGUGCGCGGACGUGACAACGAGGCAGAACUGGCAAAUACGUGGCGUGGUACUGCCCGAUGUGCCAGAAAUAAUGAAAGGCCUUACAGAAGUUGGUUUGACAAGCUUGCAGAGUGGAAUGGACAAUGUUAGGAAUCCUGUUGGAAAUCCUCUUGCAGGGAUUGACCCGUUUGAGAUUGUCGAUACAAGGCCUUACACGAACCUGUUGUCUCAGUUCAUCACCGCUAAUUCCCAAGGCAACCCGGUUUUAACUAACUUGCCAAGGAAGUGGAAUGUGUGUGUUGUGGGUUCUCAUGAUCUGUUCGAGCAUCCCCACAUCAAUGAUCUAGCUUACAUGCCUGCAACGAAGGAUGGACGGUUCGGAUUCAAUCUGCUAGUGGGUGGAUUUUUUAGCCCUAAGCGAUGUGCAGAGGCAGUGCCUCUUGAUGCCUGGGUUCCAGCAGAUGAUGUGAUCCCAGUUUGCAAAGCAGUGCUGGAAGCCUACAGAGAUCUUGGCACCAGAGGACACAGGCAGAAGACAAGAAUGAUGUGGUUAAUUGAUGAACUUGGGAUUGAAGGAUUCAGAGCAGAGGUAGUGAAGAGAAUGCCUCAACAAGACCUAGAGAGAUCAUCUUCUGAAGAUUUGGUUCACAACCAAUGGGAGAGAAGAGACUAUCUUGGUGUCCAUCCACAGAAACAACAAGACCACAGCUUUGUAGGCCUUCACAUUCCGGUAGGGCGCGUUCAAGCAGACGAUAUGGACGAUCUAGCCCGCUUAGCCGAGGAGUACGGCUCAGGUGAACUCCGGCUCACCGUUGAGCAAAACAUCAUAAUCCCCAAUAUUCACAACUCAAACCUCGAAGCCUUUCUCAAUGAGCCUCUUUUAAAGGACAAGUUUUCGCCCGAGCCACCCCUGCUAAUGAAGGGAUUGGUAGCCUGCACGGGAAAUCAAUUUUGUGGGCAGGCGAUAAUUGAGACGAAGGCUCGGGCAAUGAAGGUGACAGCGGAGGUGGAGAGGCGGGUAUCGGUCGUGGGACCGGUGCGGAUGCAUUGGACAGGCUGCCCAAAUAGUUGUGGACAGGUUCAAGUGGCUGAUAUUGGGUUCAUGGGGUGUAUGACUAGGGACACAAAUGGGAAGGUUGUUGAAGGAGUAGAUGUUUAUUUAGGAGGGAGGAUUGGGAGUGACUCCCAUUUGGGAGAGGUUUACAAGAAGGGUGUCCCUUGUGAGGACUUGGUACCUUUGGUUGUGGACAUUUUGGUUAAUCACUUUGGAGGUGUCCUCAAGGAGAGGGAAGAUUAGAUCAAAAUUUUCCUUUUUUUUGAAUCUACAUUACAUAUAUAGAAUUGAACCACACUAACAAAAAUGCUAUAGACCCAAAAAAACAAAAAAUUCAUUGGAACUUGCUAGAUGUUCUACUUGCAUAGAAUUUUUUUUGAUUAACUUGUAUAAAAGAGAAAUAUGUGAGCUCCACCUCCUUGCCUCUCUUCUGUGUAAGUUUCUGUGAAAAAAUUCUCUGUAAAUAGACUUUUUGAAAACCUACAUUAUUGUGAGUCCGACAUGCAACUUUGUGAGUGUUCUGUAAAUUUAUGUAAAAUUUUCUGCGCGUCUAGGACUAGUAUUAAGAAUAUAUAUGCCAAUAUGAUGGGACUCACCAAUGGUGUUUUCAUUUGGGGGUCACAUUAUUUUCACCAGAAAUAAACUCCUAUUGUACUGAUAUGUACAUUUCUUCA